CUCUGGAGGACAGAACAUGGCCAGGGAACCUGACAAGGCACUGACACGAGCGACCCUGGUGGUGCUGGCCACCCUGGGCACAGCUGUGAUCGCGACCACGAACCCCGGCGUUGUGGCCAGGAUCACCCAGAAAGGCCUGGACUACGCCUGCCAGCAAGGAAUGGCCGUGCUGCAGAAGGAGCUGGAGAAGAUCACCAUCCCCACCUUCUCAGGAAGCUUCAAGAUCAAGCAUCUUGGGAAAGGGCAUUAUAGCUUCCACAGCAUGGCUAUCCGUGGAUUCCAGCUUCCCGUUUCCCAGAUAAAACUAGCUCCCAGUGAGGGCCUCGAUCUCUCCAUCGCAAACGCCAAUGUCAAGAUCAGUGGAAAAUGGAAGGCACAAAAGAACUUCAUCAAAACCAGCGGCAACUUUGACCUGAGCGUGGAGGGCGUCUCCAUCUCGGCCGUUCUGAAGCUGGGCUUUGACCCCGCCUCCGGCCACUGCACCGUCUCCUGUUCCAGAUGCAACAACCACAUCAACAGUGUCCGUGUGCACAUCUCAGGCAGCAGCCUGGGGUGGCUGAUCAACCUCUUCCACGAAAAAAUAGAAUCUUCGCUCCGAAACAGGAUGACCGGGGAGAUCUGCAAGGUGGUGACCAGUUCCGUGUCCUCCAAGCUGCAACGGUAUUUAGAGACGCUCCCCGUUGACAACUCGAUAGAUCAUGUCGCUGGGAUCAAUUACUCACUGGUGGCACCUCCAACAGCCACGACUGACAGCCGAUGGCAGCUGAAGGGGGAGUUUUUCAGGUGGGCCCACCCCAGUCCCCCUCCCUUUGCCCCUCCGCCACUGGCCUUUCCCAGCGACCACGACCGCAUGGUGUACCUGGGCAUCUCCAACUACUUCUUCAACACAGCGGGAUUCGUGUACCAACAGGCCGGGGUCCUGAACCUGACCGUCACGGACAACAUGAUACCAAAGGAAUCCAAAUUCCGACUGACCACCGAUGUUUUUAGAAUCCUCAUACCCCAGGUGGCCAAGAUGUUCCCCAACAUGAAGGUGCAGCUCGUCUUCUGGGCCUCCUCCCCGCCACACCUCACCGUGCACCCCGAAGGCCUUGUCCUCACCCCUACCCUGGAUGCCCAGGCCUUUGCUGUCCUCCCGAACUCCUCCUUGGCCCCCCUGUUCGUGCUUCGCCUGAGCAUGAACAUUUCUGUGACGGUCGGAGCCACGCCUGACAGGCUUGUGGGACAGCUCAGUUUGAACAGGCUGCUCCUAGAACUGAAGCACUCAGACAUCGGCCCCUUCUCGGUUGAAGUGCUGCAGGCUGUCAUGAACUAUGUUGUACCCAUUGCUGUGAUUCCCAAGGUUAACGAGCGGCUGCAAGAAGGCUUCCCUCUCCCGAUGCCCAACAACGUCCAGCUCUUCAAUCUGGUGCUUCAGUCUCACCAGAAUUUCCUGCUCUUCGGUGCAGAUGUUCGCUACGGCUGAAGCGGCCGUGGGCGCCAGGAGGGGAGAGGUUGUCCGCACCUGCUCCGGACGUGCCCGUGGGGCAGAGGCUGCCUUUCUCCAGCCCUUGCACCAGAGGCCCUUGCAAAUUUCUCGGAACUCAGAUUCGGAAAUGACCUCCAUACAGGAACUGUGCUCCUUGAGAAAGCGUGGGAUGUGUAUUUCAGGGAUUAUGAGCGUCCUGCGAGGUCUGAGUCCCCCCUCCCCGCCCCCCAAAAAGCACUGCUUUCUC